AUGGCCGUCCCCGCCGCCGAGUUGGGCGCCGUCGACCGCGUCCCCUUCGCUACGGGCCCCUGCCCGGCGGGCGCGGAGGAGGAGGAGGAGGGCGACGAGGAGCUGCUGGGGGCCGAGGGUCCCCGCGCCUGGACCCCCCAGGAGAAGCUGUUGCACGAGGCGCGGCUGAAGGCCAAGGCCAAGCGGCGGCUGCGGCGCACCUCCUCCCGGGACUCGGCCCGCGAGUCGCUCUCCGAGGGCGCCGAGCCUGGCCCCGAGCCCAGCAGCCCCAAGGGCAGGGCCCACGACCGCAGGUCCCGCAUGGGCAAGGGCCGCGGGCUGCCCAAGAAAGGCGGUGCUGGGGGCAAGGGCGUGUGGGGUGCCCCCGGCGUGGUCUACGGCUACCAGGAGCCCGACGCCCGCGACCCCAACUACGACGAGGCAGCUCAGGGGGACACGGUCUACGCCACCGUGGUGCCCGAGCUGGAGGAGGGGGAGCUGGAGAAGAACGUGCAGCCCAUGGUGCUGGAGUACUUCGAGCACGGGGACACCAGCGAGGUCAUGGAGCUGCUGCGGGGGCUGAACCUGGGCAGCCGUCGGCACGCGGUGCCCUCGCUGGCGGUGGCCCUGGCGCUGGAGGGCAAGGCCAGCCACCGCGAGCUGACCUCCCGCCUGCUCUCCGACCUGGUGGGCCGCGUCGUCACCCCCGAGGACAUCGCCUGGGCCUUCGACAAGAUGCUGCGGGACCUGCCCGACCUCAUCCUCGACACCCCCGAGGCCCCCCAGAUGCUGGGGCAGUUCAUCGCCCGGGCGGUGGCCGACCACGCGCUGCCCUUGGAUUUCCUGGAGCGCUACAAGGGGCGCGUGGACUGCGAGCACGCCAGGGCCGCCCUCGACCGCGCCGCUGUCCUGCUCCGCAUCAAGCGCGAUGUCAACCGGCUGGACAACGUCUGGGGCGUGGGGGGCGGCCAGCGCCCCGUCAAGCACCUCGUCAAGGAGAUGAACCUGCUGCUGCGGGAGUACCUGCUCUCCGGGGAGGUGUCGGAGGCCGAGCACUGCCUGCGGGAGCUGGAGGUGCCCCACUUCCACCACGAGCUGGUGUACGAGGCGGUGGUGAUGGUGCUGGAGGGCUCCGGGGAGGGGCCCGUGGCCAUGAUGGUGACGCUGCUGAAGGUGCUGUGGGAGACGGGGCUGGUGACGCUGGACCAGAUGAACCGGGGCUUCCAGCGGGUGUACGAGGAGCUGGGGGACAUCAGCCUGGACGUGCCGCUGGCCCACGGCCUCCUGGAGCGGCUGGUGGAGCUCUGCUUCGACCGCGGCAUCAUCACCAGGGCGCUGCGGGACGCCUGCCCCGCCAGGGGCCGGAAGCGCUUCGUGAGCGAGGGCGAUGGGGGACAGGUCAAGCAGUGA